GGCAGGCAAAAGCAAAAUAGCAGAACAGAGUGAGAAGGCGGAGUCUAGGACCCGGAGGUACAGCUAGUACAAUAGAGCUGUUGUGCUAUGGUGGAAGAGAUUGCAGCGCAGGGUAAAAGACAGAGUGUAAUGAAAGAGGAUAAAAUAGGGGAAAACGAACGAUAAUACUCUGAAUCACACGCGUGGCUUUGAGAAGAGAGUUACAACGGGCCAUACACAUCUUGAUCAGCACCGAUUGUUUAUUUCUGAUCCAAGGGAUGCGUGGAGGAUAUCAUUAGUACAGCACAAGCAGACGAACACACUAGCAUGCUCUUCAACUUUGGAUUUAUGGAUACUUCAGGAUGAAAAGGCUCAGGUCUUCAAGCAGCAGUGACAGUUCAGAUAAUGAGAGUCCUUCAACCUCCUUUUGCUCUUCCAACAAGUAUGGAAGCAAACCGGAAACCCCCACUACCAUGCCAAAGAAACCCGCCGAGGUGUUCCGAAAAGACCUGAUCAGCGCCAUGAAGCUGCCGGACUCCCACCAUGUGUCCCCUGAGGACUACUACCUGCUGGCGGACACCUGGAGACAGGAGUGGGAGAAGGGUGUCCAGGUGCCCGCCAGCCCCGACACCAUUCCCCAGCCGUCUCUCAGGAUAAUUGCGGAAAAGCCCAAGGAGACCCUGUUCUCCCGCCAGAGGAAGUACAUCCAGUGCUGGAACCCCGAGCCCACAGAGCCAGGCUACGUGAACAUCCUGGAGCUGGCAGAGGCCAUGUGUCGCUACGACCUGGAUGAUAUGGAUCUGUACUGGCUGCAGGAGCUCAACGGGGAGCUGGGGGAGAUGGGCGAAGCCGCGGUGGAUGAGCUGACCAUGGAGCGCGUGAUGGAAGCCCUGGAACGGCAGUGUCACGACAGCAUGAACCACGCCAUCGAGACCGAGGAAGGCCUGGGCAUCGAAUACGACGAAGACGUCAUCUGCGACGUGUGCCGCUCGCCCGACAGCGAAGAGGGCAACGACAUGGUGUUCUGUGACAAGUGCAACAUCUGCGUGCAUCAGGCCUGCUAUGGCAUUGUUAAGGUGCCGGACGGAAACUGGCUCUGCAGGACCUGUGUCCUGGGCAUCGACCCCCAGUGCCUGCUGUGCCCAAAGAAGGGCGGGGCCAUGAAGGCGACGCGGGCGGGCACCAAGUGGGCCCACGUCAGCUGUGCCCUGUGGAUCCCCGAGGUGAGCAUCGCCUGCCCUGAGAGGAUGGAGCCCAUAACCAAGGUGUCCCACAUCCCCCCUAGCCGCUGGUCCCUCAUCUGCAGCCUCUGCAAGCUGAAGACAGGAGCUUGCAUCCAGUGUUCGGUAAAGAGUUGCACCAUCCCCUUCCACGUGACCUGCGCCUUCGAGCACAGCCUGGAAAUGAAGACCAUCCUGGACGAGGGGGACGAGGUGAAGUUCAAGUCCUACUGUCUGAAGCACAGCAAGUCCAAGGCCGGCGAGCCGGGCCUCAGCCCCGCCCGGCACAAGGCCCCCACCGACACCGAGAAGGUGGGCCUGCGGGCCCAGAAGCUGAAGGAGCUGGAGGAGGAGUUCUAUGCCCUGGUCAGGCCAGAGGAGCUGGCCCAGUCCCUGGGCCUCCCCCAGCUGGUCCUAGACUUCAUCUUCCAGUACUGGAAGCUGAAGAGGAAGAGCAACUUCAACAAGGCCCUCCUACCUCCCAAGGAGGGGGAGGAGAACCUCCUGCUGCAGCCCAAGGAGGACAGUGUCCACACCCGCAUGCGCAUGUUCAUGCACCUGCGGCAGGACCUGGAGAGGGUGAGGAACCUGUGCUACAUGGUGAGCCGCCGGGAGAAACUCAAGCUGUCUCAGAGCAAAGCGCAGGAGCAGAUCUUCAACCUGCAGGUGCAGCUGAUCAACCAGGAGCUGUCUGCAGGUCUCCCUCUAUCUUACACACUGGACAGCGCCUUGUUUCGGCCCCCUCCGAGAAUUACACUGAAACUCAAGAUGCCUAAAGUAACACUGGGAAACGGGAAGACCAGCUCCAAAUCGGGGAACGGGCCUCUGUGCCCGGACACCAGCGGGAACGUGUAUGACCGGAGUGUUGUCGGCAGCGGAAUGGUCCCGACGGGGAAGUCCCCGCAUUUUGCGGGCCGGGUCCGAAAAGAAGACCACGCCAACGGCCUACUGUCCAGCUCCAGCCGAUCCCGCGGGGAGGCGGAGGGUGUGCCCGGCGGGGGCUUGCUGGUUCCCCCCAAACCGUCGGGCAAACCGCUAGCGCUCCACGCCGCCCUCCACGGCCGCUCGGCUAACGGGGGUGCCGGGAAGCUGGAGGCCCCUCAACGCACCCGCCUGCCCAAAUCCAACGGGGUGAUGGAGAAAUCCCUGCCUCAGAGGGACGCUUCCUGCCAGCAGGUCCCUGCCGACGGGCCCCUCGGAAGCCUCCGGAAGCCUGCCGUGGAGCAUUUCUCUAGUAGGUCUCUCAAAGAGGCUACGGUCUGCCUGGUACGGACCCCCGAGGACAAGCCCUCCCGAAAAGGCUCCGGCAAGGAGCGGCCAUGGGGGAAGUCGGCACCCGAGCGGCACGCCGGCAAAGCCCCGUCCUACCAGGAGAACGAUGGGUACUGCCCUGACCUGGAGCUCAGUGACUCGGAGCCCGAGGCCAAGGGCAAGCGGAGGCAGGCCAGGGCCCCUGCCUGUCCGGGGAAGGAGAGCCCGGGCCGGGACUACAGCAGAGGGGGCAGCAGGGCGAAGCUGGCUCUAGGUUCCAGGGCGUCGGUGCAGAGGUGAUGCCCCACACAACUCCACCUUCCCCCUCCCACUCCGUGCAUCGGCCACAGCUCUGUUACUCCCUUACUGUUUCUUUUUUUUUUUUUUUCUUACGAUUGUCACAAGUGCCAUGCUGGCCCCAUCCCCUCCCACAUACCUUCCCUCACAUUCAUGUUGUGUUAUGCUCGUUUCGCGCACCGUGGGGGCACGUCUUGCUGGGGCGUGGCAGAACAGCCGAUUUCCUGCAGUGGAGACGUGUUUUGUGGACACCCCUCACCUUUCUUCCCCCUGUCUUCAAUCGUCGAUGCCAUCUUUUGUCAAUUAUUUAAAUGGAAUGAUAUAUCUGGCGAGACGGCACCAUCCAUCGCCUUGCCCUCCUCCCCCCUCUUAACAUUGUCAUUACACUGUUUUUUUUCUUCCCCUGAGCAAGACGAGAGAUUGCAAUAUUUGUCUGUCCGUCUGUCUUUCCUUUGCCUUUAUCACCUCCGCACACUGCUGGAUUUUUAAAUCGUUCAAAAAUGUGAGUCUGAACAGUGACCAUCACCACAUCUUACUUGGUGCAGAGCUGCCAUUUUUUCCAGUUUUGUGUAAAUAUUGAUUUGAGUAAAUAAAUAGUUUGUCUGUUUCUACACAUUGUAAAGGAGGGUUGGGGUUGAAAAAUUUGAUGAAAUUCCUGUGAUGACAAAAGAUGACCCACGUGUUUAUUAAAAAAAGAGCCUCAAAUGCAAAUCAAAGACUUAUUUGCUGAGGGACUAACAAUGUAACAUGCCUGAUUGGUCAGAAGGCAUUGGUAAAAAAAACUGGCAGUUGGAGGUCCUUUCUUCACAUCUACUGUCUCUGCUGUUCUCUCUUAGAUUUAGCAUGCUUUCUUCCCUGUCGUUUCCAUUCCUCUUUUUAAAAUGGAAAGAUAUGUUUGAACGAUGGCAGUUCCCCCCCCCCCCCCCCCCCAGUUCUUCCAACUGUAUGCACAGCUCUGGAGAGAGCGAGUUGCAUAUGUCCUCGACAGUCACGAGGGUUGAGUACAGCUUAUAAAAACGAUGUGCAAGAGGGUGUCGGUGCACCUGCGGUAGUGUUUCCCCUCCGCGUGUGAGCAUAACAGGGAGUUGAGCUUUGUGGACACCUGAGGUAACAUCUAUAAUCAUAUGUUUCCAAAAUUAGUUUCAUUGAUGCGAUUCAUGAAGGCAAACUGCACGUUCCUCCUCACCCAACAGUGGCAUUAUUUCUUUCCAACGUGGGCUAUGGUUAGACUGGUUGGGUCCCACCAUUGGUUUUUACCGUCAGACCAGUGGUUCUUCCUCAGGCCUGGAGGGCCACAGGGUCUGUUACCUUUUGUUGUUACUCGGCACUUAAUGAACUUGAUCAGUAAUUAAAGAAUAAUUGAAUCUCCACACCUGGUCUGAUUUUUUUGCAGUGGACCCUGUGGGUCUUCGAGACCAGGGUUGAUUGACACGGUUGGACUAGCUGCCUUUCCGACCAGCUCAAGCUAUGUUUUGAAACAGCUGGCUCAGACAAGGUACCAGCACUAGCUGGUUGAUCAGCUCAUACCCAGCUAGACCAGCUUUAUGACCAGCUUGGCCAUGUUGGUUGAGUAGUUCAUACCCAGGUAGAUCAGCUCAUGAUCAAGCUGGUCAAGCUGGCAGUGGUCUUUUAUUGGGAGUAUGAUGCUAAUGCUAACGUGUUAAAUUGGAGUGGUUGGAGUUGGAGCAUCUCUGAGGUCUGAUGGUGAACAACGAGGCCGAAAGUCUUCAGGCAGGACUCACUCAGGCUUUUAGCUCAACCUGGCUGGCCUGACUGGCCUGGAAAUGUGCUGAAUGGGUCUUCAUGUACAAUUCCCCCUAGUUCCAGGGCAGUAAUGUCUCCAGUCAUGGCUGUGUAGAAAUGAAAAAUGUUAUGAAUAUGGGGGGGGGUUUGAGAGACCGGUCUUCCCCUUCAAAGUCAGAAGCUGAUACUAAUUUUCACAAAAGCACACAAAUGAUGUCAGAACAUUGGUUAAUUUGGACUGUCCACUCUUUUUCCAUCACUGAAUCCCAUGGUAGGGAAGAAGCCGUGUGAGACACAAGGGGUCAGCAGGAGGACUGUCUCAAGAGUUGAACUGUGACACUGGAUGUAGAUUCCACACAGUAUCAGCAGAUUCCCAGAUCUUUGCAUAACCGGGCUGGUUGCAGGUGCGGACCGUAACCAGCCGCUACAUUUUUCGAUCAGUGAAUUUGGUCAAUUCUCACGAGUUAAGCCCACGUGAGCAUGACCACAGUUGUAUACCAGGAACUGUGUGACGUCACGUGGUAACCUUUCUAGAGCACCUGACGGGCCCCUUUCCCCAGGAAUGUCACGGUGUAAUGGUUCAGUGCCCAGGUUCUGACACCGCAGUCACCCUUUCUUAGAUGAAUCUUCAGUAUAUGGUUGUGUAAGUGCUGCAAGUGGAAGACCACACAAUCAAAGGAAAUUCAUAUUUUAAAAAGUGAAAAAAUGAAUACAACACAUCCACCGCAUGCCAAUUGUAUACUUUGAAAUUGAAAUGGAACUCUUUCUUUACCCUGUCUGUAGCUAAAUUGUGAUGAGGAAUGUAGUUUCAAUUUUUAGAGCAGUGACUUUCACCUUUUAUAGUUGGGGAGCUGCAGGGUGUGGCUGGUUUUCACAUUAAAAUCAGCAUCCACUACCAACCCAAGAAGUUGCGGUGAUCUGACCAUAUAAUUGACUACUUAAUUGAGUAGAAGAGGGCUGACUAACAAUGAAAGCCCUUAUAACCUGCUGUCUAUGGUAAGAGUGAAUACCACUGGCUUAUGGAGCUCUUCUGGGUCACUGACACUUGAAGAGACCGAAUGCAGAAGCUGAAUUGAACUAUUUCGCCUGCAGAAACCCUGUCCUUCGGUUUCCUGGCAACUGGGAUCAGUCAUGACAAGCCACAUGGUGGGGUCAUUAAUAUGGCUGAGAUCAAUAAGGCGACUCGCAACUGCACUUAGGCUGGUGUACUUGCAUAUUCCCACAUAGCUGUACUGUUUUCACUUGAGUACUGAUAUAUGAGCAAACCCAACAUUCUGACCUGAACCGACCAAGAGGAAAGUACAGAAAAGAAAAUAGGGGUUCCGGGUAUCAAAUGAAAACUUAAAAGCCAGUACUGUAGUAAGUCAGAAGAACAUUUGAUUCAGGAAACCAAUGUGGCUCAUAUUUAUGAAAUUAACCAAAAAAGGAAAAACAUUUUCUAAACUUAUAUUUUUUUACAUUUUAUGAUUGUGCAGCAGUGGUAGGUGAGGGUUGCAGACCCAAUGUGACGUGCAUGCAAGUCAACUUCUUGUUGCAGAGAAACCCUGCACUUGAGAAAAGGCCAACAUUCCUGUGGGUUAGCUGUAGUACUGUUUCUCUGCUGUUCUGUGUACUGUAUGGAUAAUCUGGAAGUCCUUUCCUUCGAGCGGUGAGAAAAUAGGAAAGUGGCUUUUGCUGUUACAGGUCUUCUGAUUAGGAUCAUUCCCCACCUCACAAACCGUGAAACAGCCGACUGAGAGGAGACAACUGAAGGAUUGCCACAAAUCUGCAAUUUCCUUAGAGUUGAUACUUGCAGUUCAUUUUACCGGUGUAACCUCAACUAUUUGAAGGAACACUACCCAGGCUAUUUAUUGCACGCUGUGCAAACGUCGUUCUUAAAAUACAGAAGGAAAUAUUAUUGCUGUAUGUGUCCACUGAUAUGAUUUAUGUGUUCCAUGAACUUAAGAUGACCUUGUUGGAAUUGUGCCGUCUCUUCACAGCCAAUCAAAGACAUUGUAAAUGAUAUGAAUGCAUUACUUGCUACAAAAAUGUUUUGCUUUCUUUUAGAGCAAACGAAGAACUUAAAGAACUUCAGUUUUACACUAAGGUUAUCAAGUUACCACAAGAUGAAUUUACACAGACAUUUUUUCUUGUUAAAGAAUCUUUUUCAUUAAAUUUUGGAAAUGCAAA